AUGCUUACCACUCAAGGAAAUCAACAGAAGGUAGAUUCAGUCAUGAGUAAUUCUUCAUCACACCAAGAGACAGAGGUUGCAAACGAGCAGGCCCAAUAUGUCAACAGUAGAAACUACAAUCAAAGAGGAAGCUACCAAGCUAAUCACUAUCAUCUAGGGCUGAGGAAUCACGAGAACUUGUCAUAUGGCAACAAUAAAAACACACUUCAACCUCCACCCAGAUUCAACACUCAGAAUUCUGAAGGGAAACCAUCCUUGGAAGACAUCCUUGGGACAUUCAUUUCUAAGACAAGAUCACGCUUCAACAAAGAUGAAUCAUGGUUGGAUAAUAUUGAAACACAUGUGUCCAACAUGGGAGACACAAUGAAGAAUCUUGAAGUGCAAAUUGGUCAGUUGGCUACCUCAAAGAAGUCUCAGCAACAAGGAAAAUUUCCAAAUGAUACAGAAGUCAACCCAAAGGAGCACUAUGAAGCCGUUGUAUUAAGGAGUGGCAAGCAAGUUGGAAAAAGUGAACCCACCGAAGAUAGAAACCCAACACCUGAUAAGGAGAAAGAACAAAAAAUUCACAUUAAUAUUCCUUUUACAGAUGCUUUGGAACAAAUGCUAAAAUAUGCAAAGUUUAUGAAGGAGGUGAUGUCAAAGAAGCAGAAUUUGGACGAAUAUGAAACAGAGAGAAAAGAUCCGGGAAGUUUCACUAUUCUAUGCACCACUGGAAGCUCUUUCUUUGAAAAGGCCCUCUGUGAUCUAGGAGCAAGCAUCAACCUAAUGUCGUUAUCAGUAUUCAAGAAGUUAGGCCUCGGGGAAGUCAAGCCAACAUCAGCGACUCUACAACUGGCUGAUAGGUCCCUCACUUACCCACGAGGUAUUAUUGAAGACGUGUUAGUAAAGGUCGACAAAUUUAUCUUCCCAGCUGAUUUUGUGGUAUUGGAUAUGGAAGAAGAUCAGGAAAUCCCACUGAUUUUAGGUAGGCCAUUUUUAGCAACUGGAAGAGCAUUAAUUGAUGUGCAAGGAGGACAUUUAACAUUGAGAGUGAAUCAAGAAUAA